AGGGUUGUUUAAUGACACAAAUUAUAAAAAAAUUAAAAUUUCGUCCAAAAAAUAAAAAAUAAAUGUUUGGGGUGGACAACCCUUAUCACUUAGGCCCAGCACACAUGGUGAAACGCAACUGCAACGAAACUGAAACUACUAGUUACUUUUGAGUUUCAUUUGAGUUUAUGCCAUAGAUACCUUUGAGAGACAACACACGUCGCAACUAGUUUGAAACCGGUUUGAAACGCGUUGCAGAUCAGUUGCUUUGAAACCAGCGUGCAGGAAACUCGUGUCGGAUUUGGCGUCUUUUCUAUUCGACAAAAUGGCUGACGACGAAAAUAAAAACAUUCAAUUCGUAUUGGAAGUUGAGAAGCAUCCUUGCUUGUACAAUACAACACUUUCAAGCUACUCUCGCAAGAAUGAUACUGAUAAAGCAUGGGCUGAAAUUGGAAAAAUAAUCAAUAUGACAGGUGCCGCAUGCAAAGAAAAAUGGCGAAAUAUGCGUGUUGUUUUUAUGAGACACUUGAAACCUUUGCGAAGUGGUUCUGGAAUAAAAAAGAAGAAACCAUACUAUUUACUCGAUUACAUGCAUUUUUUAGCACCAUAUGUAAAACCGGUGAUUCCGCACGAGGCAGGGAACUUGCCAUCUACUAGUUCAAGAGAGAAUACGACAACUGAUGUGUCAAACGAUGUGCCUACCGAGUUCGAGCAAUAUACUGAGCGCAGUAAUGUAAACGAGCCUAGCGCUCCUACUACUCAUUAUGAUUCCGCUCAUCAUUCUUCAAACCCAAAGCGAAAGAAAUCUUCAUUGCACGAGACUGAUAAGCAUUUCAUUAAUUAUUUAAAACAGAAAUCUACUCGCAUAAAUGAAUCUCAGACGUCCACGGACUCUGUUAUGUCGUUUUUAAAUAGUCUCGCACCUGAAUUAAGAGAAAUGAAUCUGCAACAAUUCAAAUUAUUCAAGAGACGUGUACUAAACCUUAUUGAUGACAUAUUGAAUCCAACUCCUCCUACGCCUGAAAGUGCAGCAACGAGUAAAUCAAAUACAUUAAAUAACGAAACGUCCUAUCAAACAAAAUAUACUCCGAUAUCGCAGUAUGGUAGUCCUUCAUAUGCGCAGCCAGUACCAACACCUAAUCCUCUGGACUUCAGCGGAGUAUCUACACAAACACCAUCAACUUCUACAUCAGAAUACAAUCUUGUAAAGCAAGAAGGAAACCAAUUUAAUUUUCAUUAAAAAUAAAUGUUUGUGUUCUUUGGUAUAAAUAAAUAUUUUAAAUUACUUA